AUGUCAAGGCCCGGCACCUUCCGUUCGAAAAGUAGCGACAAGGCAUUACCUUCUUUGCCUGCUGGUGGACUAGGACUAGAUUUCUCAGGAUUACCCAGAGGUCCAGCACCAGGAUCAACUGUGGGAUUAGGGCUGGGAUUGAAGUUAAACUCCAAAUCAUCCAAGCCACCUCCAACGCAUUUCAUACCCCUCCGACAAUCUCCUACUGCCAUCUACACGUCAAACAUCCCACCGAUCUCCUCACCAUCAAUCAUCUCAUCAUCCCCAUCUACACCUAUCGCUUCUUCAUCCGUUUCCAUCUCAGGAUACCCGUUCCCAUAUGGCAACGACCACUACUCAAAUUCAACCUCGACAGUCCUCAAUCAGAAUACCUCUACUACCACUUUGACUCAGCUGGCUAGACCACCUGAUAGUCCAUCUAUAUCCAUCUCGACCGCUCCUCCCGAUAUCUCGUCGUCAUUCACACCCGAAAAGAAGAAAGUGGGUUUUGGUCAAGCAGAGUCUAUAAGAUCGGAACACGUCAUGAUGGCUUCAUCUACUUCUUCGACGUCAACCUCUGCCUCGGGUCAAAAGCAAGAUGUAUCACUAGGACGAAAAAGAUCUUCGGGUCAAUUGCUGAUGGGGCUAGGAAAGGGACUGAAUAGAGUUGGAAGUGUCAUGAGAAGGAACACAGACAGCAAUGUGGAUAACACUUCACCUAGUAAGAAGGGUAAUGCUGGUGGUGGUGGAAGUACAUGGAGGAAGGGAAGGGGGAGAAAGACAAAUGACUGGCAAGAUGGUUGGGAGAAAGUGGAUAGGAUAGGAGAAGAGGGCGAUGAGGGCGAUGCAGGUAUAGGUAGGCCUUUUAAUGUUGGUCACGAUUUGCAUGUAUCUCCAGACCUAUCUGACUUACCUGAACAAUGGCUUUCAUCAUUGAAAGCGCAAGGUCUUACCGAAUCCGACUUGAUCUUGAUCUCAGCAGCGAGAAAGAAACAGCAUGAAGCACACAGACUACCUUUGCGGACUACAAGUAGAUUACCUCAAGCACCUCUAUCAGCUCCUCCAUCGAGGUUGCUAGAUGCCCCUUGCCGGGAGAUGAUAGCUGGUCCAUCAUCUGGAGAUAUUCAUCACAUGGGCAGUAACGGUCUGUUGAAAAAGUUUUCCUUCGAAGAUCGAUCACCUAACACGCCAACUCAAGCGGGUAUGACAAGGAUUUACGCCGCAGGACCAAGUCAAUUGACCUCCAGUCCAACUGAAAUACCAAAUCAGAAUCGACUACGAUCCGAAGUAUUGGCAACCACACCCAGCAAACAUGAUCGAAGGAGAGCAAUCGAGUCUUUUCCUGUCUCAGCGGCUGCAUCCUCCGAUCUCAAUCAUAAUCAGAAUCACAAUCUCGAGGCUGAAGAUGUAUUUAACCCCCAUCGGAACUCUACAACAUCUGCUCUACCAGGUCACAGGACAGAUUUCACAGUUCCUAUACGAAAGAACAAGCGAUUCUCCAGUCAGCUGAAAGGGUUUAGGGAAUCUACUUUUGGUCUGGGAGAGGAAGACGAGGGUGAAUGGGGUAAAAGCGUUUUAAAUUCUACCUGGUUAUCUUCUUCAGCGAAGGAGAAAGGGAAGAUGAGAGAUGAUAAGAUCCCUGUCCCUCCUGAACCACUUUUACCAUCGUCAUUGUCAUCGUCUCAAGCACAGAUAAAUUCAGGUGAAUCGGGAUAUAGGACACCUCCAAGCCAUAAUCCGAUAGAAGAAGUAGUCAUGCCCAAAUCACCGCCACCGCCCGCUCGUCCACGUAAACAACCUUCUGUGACGUUGGUUCCUAUACUGAACCAGGAGAACAGUCAGAUACCUAAAGAAGAUGAAGGUAGCGAAGUCGAAAUUGAAACUCGAAAAUCAUCUGAAUCAUUCGGGGUGCACUAUAACACCUCGAUCGCGAAAUCGAAAUCGUCCAUAUCGAUUGGAUCGGAGUUGAUCACUCCUUCAACAUCUAUGGAACAAGGUAUGACGGUAAGAGAGAAAGAUGAUUCCGAUGAAGGACAUGAACAUGAGGGACAAGGCGAAUGUACAUUUGGAUCAAUUAACGAAAUAAAGAAAAUGGAUAUGGAUAAUUGCGAUCAACCAACUGAAUUGAUUGGUCGAGAAGGGUUGAUUAGAAGAUAUCAUUCCAAUCCUCAUAUUUCUUUACCCGCCUCUGCAAUUCACUCACGCUCUACAACUCCUGAUCUGAUUUCGAAACCAAAGCCUGACUUGGUACAUCAACAAUCGUAUUCCACAUUUGAUUCCACCCCGUAUAAAGCCCUAGAGGAAGAUGUUUUGAUGGAUGGUUUGGAUAGAGCCAACCCCGAAGAAAGAGCUUCGAUUGCUUUGUCUAUACUGAGCAGUAGGACUUCGGCUUCUAUGCAGAGUUUGCAUGAGCUCAGUCAAGCUACUGUCAGGUCGGCUUAUAAGUUACCUCCUGUAGGGGAGGUUUCGCCUUUCACUACUUUAUCGACAAGUAAUCCGUUCAUCAAUACAAUCACCACCAAUAAACGCACAAAUAACAAUAAAAACGAAAAUCAAAACGACACGAACAAUAAUGAUAAUGAAAAUAACGAUAACGAAAACAAUACGAAUAGGAAAUCAUCAAGCGGAUUGAAGUUGAUAGAUGAAUCAAGUGAAUGUGGAAGUAUAAGUUUGGUAUAUACUUUGGGGUGGGGUUCUGAGGAAAUUGAUGGAGAAGGGGAGGGGGAGGCGAAAGAUGCUAUGGAUGCUUUGGGUGAAGCUGCUAGGAGAUUGAGGAGUUCUUAG